UCCUAAUGUGAUUUUGUUGUAACGGCUGAUUAGUUCGGUUCAUCCAGCGGAGAACAAAGGCUCGGUUUUGGUUGCAUGUGUCAGGUUGUGUCCCGGGGAUCCAGACCGGUUGAACCAGUUUUUCCUCUCCAGGUUGGGGAGUGUUGGACGAAGCCACCGCUUUUCGGAUCGCUAAAUCCAGACACGUCGGUAAUAAAAGGGGAAUUGAAAGCAAAUUUAAACACAGAGGUGUUCGUGGGGUAUUUAUGCCCUUUUGGUUCUGAGUAAUCCCGCGCCGUGGGGGAACCACAGCACGGAGGCGGAACAUCACUGACGACAGCGCGGAGAUUUCUGCCCCUCUAAAGGCCUCAAAAAACGGGCUAUGAACCAACCGACUCGCCGGAGCUGCUGUUAGCCCGUCUGGAAGGAAAAACAUCGGCCGGAAAGAAGCCGACCUCAGGGCCAAUAUCCACUUUUUCGUGCCUGCUCAGUUCCCGGGUUUUUAUCCACGCAUUACGGUGGUAUAACGGGGGAGGACCGUGAUUUGCUUCGCCCAGCUGCCAUGAGAGAAGCCCGGAGCUCUGUGGAAGAAUGUGCCGCCUCCUCCCGGUGUUAGCUCCUCCGCGGCUCCAUGGCCACCAGUAACAACAUGCUCCUGGCCUCCGCUGUGGUGGUGUGGGAAUGGCUCAACGAGCACGGCCGGUGGCGGCCCUACAGCCCCGCCGUCUCCCACCAGAUCGAGGCGGCCAUCCGGAGCAGCGACCCCCGCGGAGGGAGCGUGGUCCUCGGCCAGGUCGACAGCAGGCUCUCGCCGUACAUCAUCGACCUCCAGUCCAUGCACCAGUUCAGACAAGACACAGGAACCAUCCGUCCGGUCCGGAGGACCUUCUACGACCCGGCCUCCGCCCCGGGUCAGGGCUGGCAGUGGGAGUGGGAGAACGACGCGGGAACCUGGACGCCGUACGACAUGGAGGUGGCCAUCGCCAUCGAGAGCGCCCACAGCCGCCAGCAGACCUGCCUGGACCUGACGCCGCUGGGCUUCUGCUACCUCAUCGACUUUAAGAACAUGACGCAGGUGAACCGGCAGAGCCAGCGGUGCCGGCGGAUCCAGCGGCGCGCCGACCUGGCCUACCCGCUGGUGUCCGGCCCGCUGCCCGUCCCCAAAGGAGGCGCGGUGGGAGGAGGAGGGGGCCUGACAGGGGCCCUGCUGGGCGUCGGGGUAUCUGGGGCCAGCAUGGGGGUGGGAGGCCCCGUCACCUCUAACGGCGGCCUGCCGGUUCUGGGUCUGGGCCAGCCGUGUUCCUGCCAGCAGUGCAUGCUGGUCCUGAGCGUGAAGAGCGGUGCAGGAGGUGCAGCAGGCGCUGCAGCGGCCUUCCAGACUCUGAACAGGCGGGCUCUAACCAUGCAGCGCCCCAAGAACUUGGCCCCCCCCGCGUUGCGCCCCCUCAGCCCGUCUAAGUCGGCAACUCUGGGGCGGGGCCUGCAGCAGAGCCCCGCCUACUACCAGACUCUGCCGCAUGGCCUCGCCAUCACCAAGAACACUGCGUCGCCGCGGAGGAACGCCCAGCUGUUCGCCCAGUCGCUGGCCGCCCUCACCGCCGGCACCUCUUCCAUGGGUCUCUCAACGCCUUCCAGCAGGCCGCCGCCGCCUGCGCUGCCGCCGCCGCAGCCGCCCGCCUCCAACCAGAACCCGCCCUCUAUUCCGCCCAAGCUCUCCUCCUCCUCUUCCUCAGCCACAGAACCGGUACCGACCGCCACGCUGAUAACCCCCGCCAGCGGCGUCACCACGCCCCCCUCCCCGGUGCCGUCUCCAUCGCCCGUGGUGAUGAAGCCGCAACGCACGCCAUCGUCGACGGCGGCGUGCCACGCCCCCUUACCGCAGCGGUCCAGCUUGGCCGGGCUGAGCAGGCCGGCGCUGCAGAGGAUCGCCAUGGCGCAGUCCAGAGCGCUCAUAGCCUCAGGCGUUCCCACCGUGCCGGUGAAGAACCUGAAUGGGUCCAGCCCGGUCCACCCCGCGCUGGCCGGGAUCACCGGGAUCCUGAUGAGCGCCGCGGCGCUGCCCGUGUGCCUGACCCGGCCGCCCAAGCUGGUGCUGCACCCUCCGCCCGUCAGCAAGAGCGACAUCAAGCCGGUACCGGGCUUCAACCACUCCUGCAGGAAGACCACCAAGAAGCAGGUCCGCAAAGGUAAAACUCCAGAGGAGGUUGUGAAGAAAUACCUGCAGAAAGUAAAAAGUCCUCCAGAGGAGGACUGCACCAUCUGCAUGGAGCCACUUGGGGGCCCAUCCGGGUACAAAGGUCCGGGCGUUGGACCCGUCUCCAAGGCAGAGUCGGUGGGUCGGCUCGCCCAGUGCGGACACCAGUACCACUUCCAGUGUCUGGUGGCGAUGUACAACAACGGCAACAAGGACGGCAGCCUCCAGUGUCCCACCUGUAAGACCAUCUACGGCGUGAAGACCGGCAACCAGCCAGCCGGGAAGAUGGAGUACCACGUCAUCCCCCACUCCUUACCGGGUCACCCCGACUGCAAGAGCAUCCGCAUCAUCUACAACAUACCGCCAGGGAUCCAGGGACCAGAGCACCCCAACCCGGGGAAGCCCUUCACUGCCAGAGGCUUCCCGCGACACUGCUACCUCCCAGACAGCGAGAAGGGACGCAAGGUUCUGAGGCUGCUGCUGGUGGCAUGGGACCGCCGGCUCAUCUUCUCCGUCGGAACCUCCAGCACCACGGGAGAAUCCGACACCGUCAUCUGGAACGAGGUCCACCACAAGACGGAGUUCGGGUCCAACCUGACGGGCCACGGAUUCCCCGACCCGGGUCACCUGGACAACGUGUUAGAGGAGCUCCGAGCUCAGGGCAUCACAGAGGAAGAUGCACUGGUAGAGAAGUGAGAGAGGAAGAGGAGGAAGACUCUCUGCCAGCACUUAGGAGGAGUUGAGGAGGACAGCGACCGAGUUCUUCAGACAAUAAUGCUGGCUUAGCCUUUCAAUGCAAGUUUCUCCAAAUUUUUUAAACCAGCGCAUCAAACGAGUAGCAGGGGGGAGGAAGAGGAGGUGAAGGAGGAAGAAGAGGAGGCUUGUGGGUCUAGGUACUAAACAAGAGUGAGAAUGAAUGGGUACUGACAUCUAGAACAGGAACAAGUUAACUUUACUGAAUGAACGAAUAAAAAGUUGGUAAAAAGCAGCAAAAACUGAAAGGAAGAAGAUGGAGGAAGAGGAGGAGAGAGGGAGGAAGAGGAGGGAAAGUUGAGGAGGAGGAAGAGAGAGAUGGUGUAUGAAUGUAGUUUAGGAUAGCAGUAGAGUGAAAUAACUUGUGGUACGUUCAGGUGCUAGAGGGACCAACAGAUGGGCUGGCUUUGUUUAAGCUGUGGUGAGGUGGCGCCCCCUGGUGGGCAGCUGGAGCAAAGCGGUCCUCACCGUUCCCUCAUCACUUCAUUCUGCGCUUUGAUUCAGGGGCUGGAGCGCCGUGUUCACGAUUGUUCUGUGAAGAUCCGGAAGAACCGAGCCUCUGGGUCGCAACCACGUUUAUGUUUUUAUUGUUCUUAGUCAUAUCAGUCGGUUCCGGCGCUCGCUGUUUUGUCCUGACUGUCAUUGAAUGCUUCCUUCUGUUGAGGUGAACUCAUCCUAACCUGGCUGUGAACGCACCGCCAGGUUAGGAGGGUCCAAAUGGUUCUGUUAGCAUUCAAUGUCAGAACUUCACUCAUGUCAUGUUUGAUUGUUUACUACAGAAAUUUAAAAUAUAUUUUCAUCCAGUAGCUGCUUUUCUCCAUUACAAAAAGUGUCCAGGAACUAAAAAUGUUCUGACAUUUUUCUAUAAAUUAUUACCUUAUUUGGCAACUGAACAAGUGUAAAAUCUUUUAAUUUUAUCUUUUUUUGGUGAGGAUAAAAUAUUUACCUGUUCAUCAGAGUAAAGAUCAAAACUGGUACGAUAGAAACUUUUUUCCUCUGAGGUACAUUUAACGCAGCUUUGUAUCAACAGAUAGUCUGCUGCUUCUGAUUGGCUGCCAUGUUUUAAGCUCGACCAAUAAGAACAUUUGUAGAUGCACUUUUUAUCCCAGCUGUUGGAACCUGUGAGGUUCUGUUAAUGACCCGGGUCAGAAGAAUCUGGGUUAUAUCAUCAUCUUCAUCUUCAUCUUCUACCUGAUGCUGGUUGUCCUAAUCAUGGUUAUCCCUCCACUCUUAAUGUCUUUAUUACAUUUUUUUAGCUGCAUAUUUACUUUUUAGUAGCAUUUUAUUGACACUAUUAUAGAAUAAAUUGCCUUUUUUUCUUAUUUUGUACAUUUAUGUUGUAUUAAUUAUCCUGUUUUUUAUGUUACCUUUUGUUUACGAAGACAGUAUUAUUAAAUACGUCGUCUUUUGUUGCUCUCUGUGUACAGAAAUGAAGCUGAUUUGCAUCUUUUCUUUGGAAAAGGAAUUUCAUGGUAGACUUUUAUCUGAGUGUGACUUGUAAUACGUUUUUCUAACUGAAAGCUGCAGCUGUGUCUUCAUGCUGUCAGUGUCUGUCGUGAUGCUGGAAGCAUUUAAUCUUAGUUUUAAAAACUUUUCCAGAAUCGCUUCGAUUUGUCAUCAGUGUUUUCUUGCUCUUUGGCGAACGCUCAGCUUUCCCUUCUGAGCGUGUGCAGCGUGAGGCCAGAUGGGAUUCAUACGGAAAAAGAUUACAGCCUCUGGAAAAACAGAUCAUUUACUUUUUUCUCAGAAGUCCAACUAUAAACUCAAAAUUCUGAGUUUUAGACUUUAAUUUUAGGAUUCUCAUUUUAAUCUCAGGAUUUGGGAAAACAUUCUGAGGUGAAUUUCAUAAUUGUGUUUUUAUUUUUCAGUGGCCCUAAUCUUCUUCUGUAACUUCACGGUGUGAUUUAUUUUUUGGAUUUGUUUAAACCACCAUCAUGUCUCAUCCCCACUGAACUCUCCUCACCAGUAAAUGUGUGGAUUACUAUCGGCCCACGGCGGCAGUGGAAGGAGACGCGUGAUGAUGGCUGCUGAUUUGAAAACAUGAAAACAUGUUAAACAAAAACAAAAAAAGUGUAAAUAUGGCAUAAAUAAUUGCUGGAGUAUGAAUGAUUAAUACAAGAAGAAGAAUAAAGAAUGAAUGAAAUUUAAA